CCCUACCAGAAGGUGGCGGUAAUGCACACCUAAGUCGCUUGCCAACCGCCCUAUAAACCAAGAAGAAGAAGAAGUCCAAGUCUUCAACGCUAACAGAAACAUGUCAUCCGCCGACCACUCCGAUCCACAGGCUGUCCCUUAUCCUGGGAAAGAUGGUGCACCAGCUCCUGCCAGAGAAGCCCUGAUUUCUACAGCUAUAAAAUUUCUUCAAAAUCCAAAAGUGCGUCAGAGUCCUUUGGCCACCAGAAGAGCCUUCCUGAAGAAAAAAGGGUUGACAAAUGAGGAGGUGGAAUUGGCCAUCCAGCGCUCGGGCAGCACAGAAGAAGUCCUGCCGACCAGAACGGUUGGGCCUCCACAUCCACUUGACCCGACUCACCUUGCCACUGUUCCACACAGUCCAAAAGGCUACAGAUGGAGAGACUAUGGUGCCUUCACCAUCAUCAUGGUAGGCAUCGCCUAUAGCUGCCAUCAACUUUACAAGAAAUACAUCCUUCCCCUCAUUACGGCCAGCCGAGAGGACAAGAAGCAUCUGCAGAGGAUGGAGAGCAGCAUCGCAGCAAUGAGUGGCACGCUGACACAGACAGUUGGCCAGUUGCAGCAAACGCUGACUUCCCUACAGGAGCUUAUGAACCAACAGCAGCAGAAGAUCCAAGAGCUCUCUCAGGAACUGGCUACAGCCGAGGUGUCAUCUGCAACCAGUCGCAUCGUGGACAACCAAACAGUUGGAGAGUUGAAAGCUGAGAUAGUCUCUUUGAAGGGUUUACUGCUCAGCAGGAGACAAUUUCCUUCCACCCCCUCAGUUCCUAAGAUCCCCUCAUGGCAGAUUCCCCUGAAGGCUCCUUCAGCAUCCAGCUCGCAGUCAGCCAACCACAGCAGCAGCGACAUCUCUCCUGUCAGUAAUGAGUCAACCAACUCCUCCCCCAUCAAAGAUGGACACCACAGUCCACAGGAUGAGCUGGCCGUGACAAACGGUGUCAACGGUGAUAACGCAGACCUUGGGACGGCACGACCGUUGGAUGUAAAGGACCCGGUCUCCAUGGAGGUGGAUGGAGAGGAGCAGAAGAAAGAAGAGAAUGACUUCAGACAAGAAGAGGAAGAAAAGAACAGUCUAAGCAUGCAGACAAGGGGCCGACAAGGCGGAGAUGGACAGAUCCAUGAACAAGAAGACAAGCUAAGACGGCUCGAGGAUGCCAGCAAUGAAAGUGAGGUGGAUUAGACCGCUGUAGAACGUACCGCAACACUCUUCAGGUGUAUCACUUCUUGGCUCGUCUGUUGGUCCGUCCUCCACUCACACUCAAGUCUCUUCUUGUCAUCUUUACUGUGGCCGCAUGUCUGCUGCACGUCUUUACGUCUUGACACAAGCAGCAGUUACUGACGCUCUUUAGACUGGUGAUAUAAAGUCAGUUGGAAAACUGCUUUUGGUACCCAACGCGGUGCUUUUGGGAAACGGCUGACGGAUUAUUAUUAUUAUGUUUAUUGCCAUGUUUGCGUGAAUCAACAACUUCACAGAGAUUAUUAAAAGUAAUUCAAGAAUAAAUUGUCAAGGAUCACUUACACACAUACACAGUACACGUACUGUUUAGCAGGGUGAUAAUAAAUAUAGCAAGUUCUGAUCAACCCAAGUCCAUUUCACACUUAUCACUUGUCUUCCGACGUAAACCCCGCCCAUGUCCAGUUAACCUUCCUCUUGUGGUAGCUUUCUGGUAUCAUCUCUUAUGUUAACGGGUCGGUUUUGACCCAUGUAUUAAAUCAGCUAUAAAAUACACUAAAAUCAAUAAGUUACCAUCAAAUUUGCUUCUCAUGUCUUGGUUACCUUCUUAGGCUUCCUCAUCCAUCAAAAUAUUGGUUUUAAUACUUUUGGUGAGGGCAUGUAGGCCUUUUUUUGUCACUAUACCCCUCGAUUUUAAUUUCCAAAAAUGGUAAAAUGAACCUCAAAAGAAUCAUAUUAAUAAAUUGAAGGUUCUUUUGUUACCUGGCUAUUACUGAGGGAUAUAGAACAUCUCUGUUAAAUCAAUUAGUUUUAUUUAUUUUCUCAUUUUAGUAUUUAUCACUAAAGAAACAUCUAUGGUGUUUGGGUCAAUUUUGACCUAUAUAUAUUAAUGUCAAGAAAAGGUAGAAAAAGUUAUUGUUUUCAGCAACAGAACUUUAGUAUAAACUGAAAUCAAAAAGCAGAACAGGUCCAGAUCUUGGUUCACUGUACUUCUUGCCAAUCUUUCCAGGAUCCAAAUUGUAAAUGUGAAAUCAGCCAUCAGUCAAAUGAGUGAAUUCACCUCACAUGUCUGGACAUUGUUUUUCUGCUGGUAUACUGGAAAAGCGGUCAAAAAGCUUACAUGAUGAGAAGAGGAGCUGGUUGUCAUUGUGUUGGCUAAUUUUACACUUGUGAUUUCAGUCGUGGCUCAAAAUAUUGCUUUAUAGUCAUAUUAUUAUAACCGACCCCAACGAUACAGCGGUCAUAAUUUCAACCAGACCAUUUUAAAAUGUAGUAAAAAUUAUUUUGGGGGUUUUAUUUUGUUGAAAUAGAGUUUCCUGACAAAGUCAAAAAGCCUUGAUGCAAUAAACAAAUGUUAUGUGAUUCUUUUUAUGCCUUAAAAUGUAAAACGUUGUCGGUGCCGACCCUAACACGAGAGGAGGGUUAAACCAUGCCCACGUCCGGUUUAUGUCCCGCCCACAGAUACGGACCCAGAUAAUGGUGCACCCGCUCCUCCCAACCAAAGAGCCAUUAUUGCAGGGAAUAUCUCGUGGAAAUGCGUUGGGGACUCAGGGGUCCGAUGCUCAUCCUGAAAGUUAGGGUCUGCAUCCAGACCAGACAGGCAUUAGCUGAGUUUCCCUUUUGAUGGCAAUCGGAAAGGACAAUCCCUGCCAGGGCCAAAGCUUUUAGCCUCUUUUAUGUGUCCUUUCCCAUUGGUGUCAGUCUGUCAAUAAUUCACAAAGCCAGCAGGGUGGCAUUUGGGUGAAAUAAAAGCCCUGAAAUUCAAGAUUAGAAUGUGAUGAGUGGCUUUGUUCAACGCCGGUGUCAGAGUGUUCAUGCGCUGAAAGGAGAGGGGUAAAGAUAAAUGUUUUUUCCACCGCUUUCCUCUUUCACUUGGGGCUGAAAUGUGCAUCAUUGAGUGUGUGUGUGUGUGUGUGUGUGUGUGUGUGAGUGUGUGUUUGUGUGCAGGAAAAAAGGCCAGACUUGUGUGUCGUACUGUAUCUGCAUCUCCUGCAGAGCAGCUGAUUUGGUUUGUGAAGUAUGUUAAUAAUCAAAUGAUCAACAAAUAACAGAUGUAUUAGUUCAUGCCGCUUGAAAUGUCAAGCAGGCUAAAAGCGCUAAUCCAAUUCAGAAAACCCAGUUUGUUGUUAUUUUCCAUAACAAGGCUUCCAGCCCAAAUAAGGUGGAGCCCCCCCAUGGUGACUAAUCUUCACUGAAACUGUGCCGAUAUUUGUAAUUAAAACAUGCAGGUAGACGCUGAGGACUGCCACAGAUGGAAGUUGCAGAACUUGUCACUUGUGUUUGUGUUUGUGUGGGGGAUGCAGGAAGCUUAUAAAAAUGUCCCGUGAUUGAAAAGGAAAGUCUUGAAUGCGUAGUUGUCCUAUUGAAUUAGUCACCAUGU